AUGAAUCCUGCCUUCGAGAAACCCUCACAUGGUGUGGAAACACAGGCGAACGAAGUGUUGAUGCCCGGAGAUCUCCGUUUCCAACAGUCAAACGUCACCGGCACCCCAAAUAUGGGCCCAGGCCCCAUGCAGCCGCCGAGCCACGAGUACCCCGAGAAGGCCUACGGACACCCCCAGAUGCCAUCUCAACAACCGUAUGGUCAGCGCUCCGUGUCGGGCCAGUUCCGCCAGACCGUAGCCAUCCCCAAUCUCGGCAUGUCUGCGGCGCCCGUGGAUUGCCCGGCGUGCGGGCAGCGCGCCAUGACCAACGUCAGCUACCACACCGGCAACACUACGCAUGUCUGGGCCGGAGUCGCCUGCUGCUUGACCGGCCUCCUCUGCUUCGUGCCCUACCUCAUGAACUCGUUGAAGGACGUCCAGCACCGUUGUGGGGUCUGCGGCGUGUUGCUGGCCACCUGGCACAAGAGCGGCGUGGUCGAGGUUCACAUGCACGGCUGA